CUGGGCAGGAAAACUUCAGAGGAAGAAGUCUGGAUGUCAGGCCUGGGAGCGAAUGCCCAGGUCCAGCCAACCCUACCAUGACAAAUGACUAUCAAGAUCUUCAGCAUCUGGACAACGAGGACAAUGACCAUCAGCUCCGACAAGGGCCACCCGCCUCGCAGCCGCUGUUCCGGCGGCUCUGCUCCGGACCCUGCCUCCUCCGGCUCUCCCUGGGCCUCGGCCUCCUGCUGCUGGUGGUUGUCUGUGUCAUCGGAUCCCAGAACUCCAGGCUGCAGGCGGAGCUGCAGGCCCUGAGAGAGACUUUCAGCAACUUAACAGCGAGCGCCGAGGUCGAGGUCAAGGCCCUGAGCAGCCAGGGAGGAAGUGUGGGCAGAAAGAUGAAGUCGCUGGAGUCCCAGCUGGAGAAACAGCAGCAGGACCUGAGCGAAGAUCACUCGGGCCUGCUGUUGCACGUGAAGCAGUUCGUGUCGGACCUGCGAAGCCUGAGCUGUCAGAUGGCCGUCCUCCACGGCAACGGCUCGGCGAGGGCCUGCUGCCCGGUCAACUGGCUGGAGUACGAGGGCAGCUGCUACUGGUUCUCCCGCUCCGGGAAGUCCUGGGCCGAGGCGGACCGGUACUGCCAGCUGGAGAGCGCGCACCUGGUGGUCAUCAACUCCAGAGAGGAGCAGAAGUUUGUCCAGCACCACAUGGGUCCUGUGAACACCUGGAUGGGCCUCACCGACCAGAGUGGGCUCUGGAAGUGGGUGGACGGGACGGACUACGAGACGGGCUUCAAGAACUGGAGGCCCGAGCAGCCGGACGACUGGUACGGCCACGGGCUCGGGGGAGGCGAGGACUGCGCGCACUUCACCGACGACGGCCGCUGGAACGACGACGUGUGCCAGAGACCCUACCGCUGGGUGUGCGAGACAGCGCGCGAGCCGGCCAGCUAGGAGCCUCCUCUCCCCUAAUUUAUUUCCUCCGUGCCUCCACCUGCCCCGUGACCCUCCCGUCGGGGGCGGGGGUGCUCCUCCACUGUCUCGGGGAUGGCUCAUCCAGGGUUUUAAGGGAAGGGGAAAGACGCCGUCUGAGGAACGUACAAUCGCGUUUGGCGGGGCGGGGAGAUCGAAACCCCUGUCACCGGCCGC